AUGGAUAUCCAUAGAUGUCGUUUCGUGCCAUACAACCCUCAGUCGAUCAACGCGCUGGCCUUUUCGCAUCCUGCGUCUCAUGAGAUCCAGGGACGUGGAUUUCCAACGCUACGCCUAGCUAUUGGACGGGCCAAUGGUGAUAUCGAAAUCUGGAACCCCCUCCGCGGCACCUGGUUACAAGAAUCGAUUUUUCGCGGAGGGAAAGAUCGCAGUAUUGAAGGGUUAGCCUGGACGCUUGACCCGAGUGAAACUGUCGAGGGCAAAGAGGUGGCAGGGAGACUGCGUCUUUUUAGCAUUGGAUAUUCCAGCGUUGUGACAGAGUGGGAUUUGGAGACUAGUCGACCGGCUAGACAUUCGAGCGGGAACUACGGAGAAAUCUGGUGUUUGGCUGCCCAGCCACGAUGGAAGCCGUUGCGUAAGACCAAGGAUGGGCAAUCUGCUGGACCAGCGGAAGGAGAAUAUACUGGACAGCAUUUGGCUGUUGGGUGCGCUGACGGUACAAUCGUGAUCCUGUCUACCGAAGAUGGUGAUUUGAAAUAUUUGAAAACGAUAAGACCGUCGACGAAACGCGCGAGAGUUCUCAGUAUCACCUUCCAGAAUCGCCAUACCGUCGUUGCCGGCUACGCGGACAGCUCCAUCCGAGUGUUUGAUAUACGGAGCGGGAACCUUCUACGAACAAUCUCCAUGGGCAAGGGUCAAGAUAAAGAUACAAAGGAAUUAUUGGUCUGGUCCGUCAAGUGUUUACCUGACAGCUCAAUUGUAUCUGGAGACUCGGCCGGCGAGGUCCGAAUCUUCGAUGGGAAGAACUACUCGCUGGUCCAACGAUUGCAGGGCCACCAGGCAGACGUAUUGGAUGUCGCCGUCAGUGCAGAUGGAGAGUCCAUUGUCAGUGGAGGUGCCGAUCAGAGGACCGUUAUCUAUAGAUUGAAACGCCGUGAGAAGAAUGUGAAAACUCGGAGAUGGGCAGAGGUAAUGCAUCGACGGUACCAUACACAUGAUGUCAAGGCUUUAGCUGUUUUUGAGACUGUAGACAUGAGCGUCGUUGUGUCUGGAGGUCUUGAUACGAUACCUGUCGUGCUUCCACUGAAAGAAUAUGGAAAGGAACAUCACCGAAAGCUACCCAAUCUACCACAAAUUCCUCAGCUCAGCACGUCGGAUACCUCUCGCCUACUCAUGAGCUGGUGGGACCGCGAGGUCAACAUCUGGCGUGUUGCUGGUUCCUCCCAAUCCGACACGGAACAGCAUAAACUGGUGGGCAAGAUCCUAUUCCAAGGCGAAGAACAUCUAACCUCUGCAGCAUUGUCACGAGAUGGAACAAUACUCGUCGCUGCCACUGUUUCAGAGGUGAAAGUGUUUUCCCUAACACCCGACGAAGAUGAUGAUGUGUCAAGCCUACAGGUUCACAAAUUAGAUAUCUCUUCUCAACUUUCAUCUCGGGGUGCAAAGAAUGUUGCCAUAUCGCCCGAUUGCAAGUGGAUCUGCCUCGUCCGACCCAAUAACGAUAUAUAUCUGGCCAAAGUUUCAAGGGAUCCAGAAGCUGAAGAAAGCCUUCAGAUACAACCAAAGUUACAGAAAGUGUCUCGUCUACCUAGGCACAAAAGGGGUGAGAAAGCUCUUCACGGCUCAUUAGGCGCAUACGACAGGAUGGUGCGGUCCCUGUCGUUCUCGGGAGACAGUCGAAUUCUUGCCUGUGGUGACCUUGCUGGAUUUGUAGAUGUUUGGACACUACAAGACAAUGUUGCCGCUCCCACUGCGAUAAAAGCUGCCAACGACGAGGAGGAAUCAUCGUCAGACGACGAUUCGGAUUCAGAUUCCGACGAGGAGGACAGCUCAUCGGCAGGAGAGCGAUGGAAACGCGCAUCUACAGAAACUCCCCUUCCUCGCCUAAACUCCAGUGUGCUAUUGAUGUCCUUCCGCCCCGCUCUCCCCGCUUCAUCCACAUCCCUUAGCAAUGGCCGGACGUCUCGCAAAUUAAAUACCAAUGCUUCUGAAUCUAGUGCAUCGGACGACCGGUUAAUGGUGCUGACUGCUGAUCACCAUUUAACCGAAUUCAAUGUAUUACAAGGGAAACUUUCUGAUUGGUCCCGAAGGAAUCCCAAGGCAUGUCUGCCCGAGGAAUUUACAGUCAUCAAAGAUAGAGCCAUGGGUGCCAUUUGGGAUAUUGCAGGUGGCCAAGAUCGUCUAUGGCUGUAUGGUCCAUCUUGGCUCUGGAUGUUCGAUCUAUCCCAAGACUUCCCCAAUGGAGAGACUCGACGUAUAAAGGCUCGAAAAAAUCCCUCGCCAAGCAAAAGAAAGCGCGUUGCCGACGAAGAACAUGGUAAUGAAGGAGAAAGGAAGAAGAAGAGAAAUACCGGCGCAGGUGAUGGAGUAAUACUUUCGGAAGCGGGUGUUGGUUUUGGAAAAGUAGUACGAAAAAUUGUGGGAGAAAAAGAAACAGAGGCAGAGGUGCUAUCGCUUGAAAACCGAAAGAAUGAAAACAAACAACUUGAAGGCGAUGAUGGCGAUGAUGAUGAUGGCGAACUUGACGAGUUAACUCUCGCAAAUGAGGCAACACUUGCCUCGCUCCGACGACAACAGCUCUCCGGUUCUGAUGAACAGACGCCAAAUGGAAAACAUAUAUCAAACGGUGUCGAAGAUGAGAACAACCAGGUCGCCAAGCUCUCUACACCAGAGCCAGAAUCUGAUCACAGCCCAGAGCAACAGCGACAAUGGUGGUCUACCUUCAAAUAUCGUGAAAUACUAGGGAUUGUUCCCUUGAGUCACAAUUCGCAAUCCACCGUGGAGAGUGCAGAGUUGUCCGGUGCGGAAGAUGCGAGAGCCAUGCCUCUAGAAGUCGUGGUGGUAGAAAGGCCGAUAUGGGACGUUGAUCUUCCAGACUUGGAUAUUUCGCUGGCAAACGGUUCCUUUGAUAAUGGCCUUUCUGUGUUGUUUGUUCGAACAACACACCAGGAGGCUCUAAAAAGCAUCGUCUACGAGCAAGGCUACAUAACAUUCAAGCCUGUGUUUCAAGUCUGGUCCAAUGCAGCUGCUAUUGGGCUAUCAACGCCAUACUGCAUCAUUUGCGGUGCCUUGAUCCAUAGCCGCACCCGCAAGAGUCCAUGGAUGGCCGAGUUUCGAGCUGUUCGAGUUAUUCCCGGCGAUGGACAGCCAUUCUUGACUGGAGUAGGAAUCUAUAGACAUCGAAAUGCGCUACUUUCUGCGCCUUUAAGCCCACACGAGAGAUAUGACGACAGCGGGUAUCGAGAAUCAAGAUCCGAUGAGUUUGUCUCGCAGGGAAGAACUUCGGCCGACCAUCCAUUCCCUGGAUUUGUAUUUCAUGAUGCCUGCUGGGGAAUUCUGAAAGCUCUUAUGCACCCCCAUGAAAUCCCCAUGCCAUGUUUAUAUGAUAUUUGUCAAUCGUUUCCUUCUCAGACAUAUGGGCAACUUACCUGGGGCCAUGGCUAUGGAAACAGCCACUCGGACACGGAUACAUCUGUUCAUGGACGACCAGAAAACUAUCAGCAGCCCUACUUUCUUCGGAAUCCUCUAGAUAUCCCAGAGCUACAAGAAGCCCUGCUAGAAGCAGAAAGAGGAAGAGACAGAGACAGCCUAGUUGAAUGCAGCGUUGUCUCUGAAAAGGUAGAUUCUGACUUGUUCUACCGCCUGCCUGUUGAAAUACGUGAAGAAAUUCAGUGCCUGCUCAGCUCGAAUGAGGUAGCUAGGUUACGAACGGCAUCAAGAUCGUUUGCGAGUAUGCCACUAUCACAGAAGUUUUGGAGAUCUCGAUUCCUGCCAUUUUUUGAGAGAGGUUUUGUCUUUGAGCCGGUAAGGCAUCAACAGGAUACUAUAUCCGGAGCAGCUACUAUUCGCUACGACUGGAAAGCUCUAUAUGAGAAAACAGACCCGAGCUUGGCUUAUUUCGAAGCUUUACGGAACCGACGAAGAGUGUGGGAGUGCAAUAAGCCCCUUGCAGAGUUACUGCUCUUACAUCACACGCUGGACGGUGGAGGAGUAGAUGCUAUGGACGAACACAACCAUGUUGUCUGGCGGACGGUAGCUGUUAAAUCGCCCAAGGAACAAGUCAGAGGAACCAGCAUUAGACAAGGUCCGGCGGUUUCCUCUACAUAUACUCCUCCGAGCAUUCUCAAAGAGCUUGCCAUCCGUGUUCCAGCUCGAAUAUCACAGAUCGCUGUAUCUCUGGUUUAUUUCAAUGGCAACACCUACGUCUCCGGGAUAAGGAUAAACACGCCAGAUCAGAAAGAGACCAGGCUAGGUUAUAUCCAUCCUACCCAAGAAAUUAUUCUAGAUACUCGCCAACCAGGAGGAUCGGGACCACUGGAUCUCACAGGAUUUGCCAUAUGUGCUGACCCCGGAGGUAUUCGUGGUAUCAAGGCAGCUCUAGCCAAGGGCCACUGGUCGACCUGGGCAGGAGACCAUGAAAACGUACCCAACACCCUUCGCCUCUGUCUGGAUGAGCGUAUAACCCACCUUAAAGCAACGUUUGAUGCGUUUAGGAUGGUCUCACUCUCUGUCCCUGAAGAGGAGCAAAUACAUAACCAGAACCCACCUUGUCUGUCCGCUCGAAAGGCAGCUCUCUGGUACCCUGAUAUCCCCUCUGAAGACCAAUUUCUGCAUGAAAUCGACUUCGUAGGACAAUAUGACUCUAACCCAUCACCCCUGACCUCGCAACAGCCACUCAUCCGACUUAUGUUCGGUGGCCAGCAGGGAAACUAUCUCAAAUACCUAACCAAGAUAUCAGUCAGUACUCUAGCUGGAAUCCUCACUUGGAUAGAUUUCCAUUAUGACUGUGAUGAUGCGCCGGUUCGUUCGUUGUCAGUCUUCCCUAACAAGGCAAGAGAUUCAAACCAGUCGAAGAUACAGUUUACUAUUGAUGGACCUGGUGGUGAGAGGGUGACGGGCUUUCGAGUCAAAGAUAAGCAGUGGUGGACCCCUAAAAAUGAGCCGAUUCACUUUAGUAUCACUACCCUUGUGGUUUCUACGAAUCGUGGGCGGACAUUCACGUUUGAUGCCAAUGUGCUUCCUAAAAUCAGGUUGCCAUUGGGGACGCAUAUGCAGCAGAAAAAGCAGAAACUAACUAUCGAGCCGGAUUCGACGAUUACGGGGGUAUAUGUCACGCAUGACACUGCAAAUGGUUUGACUGGCUUCGGGGUGAUUUCUGAGAAGCUAUUAGGGUAA